AUGCCACCGGCAGACCACAACCCGGAUCUCAAACUCAACCCUAAUCAAUACAACCCCAAGUUAAUCACUCAACCACGCUUCAAGAUGGGUAAGCUCAUAGAGCGAAUAGAUGUUUAUGAACACCGGCGAAUGUCGCCAAGCACCCUCAGCAGGGCGGCUCGUAAAGAGGUGCUAAUGGAGUUCCUUCGGCGAAUGGGAGAGCCAAUAAUUCCCGAGAAGAGGAAAGCUGCCAUUGCUUGUGAUGUCUACCGGGUCAUUCAGGACUAUCAUGGAGGCGUUCAAGGACGGAAAGACGGACAUGAUAGCGCCGUUAGCAUGACUGGAAUGUUAAACGCCCCAACUGAUCCAAAUCGUCGAAGCGUAGAGCCUGGAAUAUUGGGUAAUGCGGAGCAAGGGGCAGUUCACUCCAAUCUGGGUUUGAACGUUCACCCUGCCAUUGCAAAGGAAUAUGCCCCAGCUGUAAACCAAGAUCCCUUCACCGGGAGGUCAAUGUGUAGGAGUAAUGAGACGGCUUCCGAGGAACAGUUAGGCCUCGCUGAGAUCGAAUACCAUCUAGAGCGAGAGUUGACUGCAGAGCUGGGCAGGGGCAGCCAAGCGCCAGGGGCUACGUCCCCAGAGACGGGCGACCAAAGCAUGACUAAGGAGGUGACAGAAGCCAGUGCACAUGGCACUUCUUUCGAUCCUUCUCAGGACAUUUGGCCAGCAAUCGACUCACCAGCUGUCAGUCGCAAAGAAAGAGACUCUGGCGUCGGCUUCUGUUUCGGGCCAGAAAAGACACAACACCAAUCGCCACAUUUCGCAACCGUAGAAGUUCUUCAACUCCGUCACGGUGCCAUUACAACAUUACUCGACACCACCUCUGCGACAUCAACGACAAAUAUGAUCGGUAAGGACUAUUCCGUCAUUCAAGACGGCAACAGCUUGCCCACCCUUGAGGUUCAAAAGAACAUUGAGGAGGAAAUCAAAAACGACAUGGCUUUCCACCGCCUCAACUCGCCCUACCACAUCCACCAUCUCUGCGGCUGCCGCCCCUUCAUGGACCUUGCCAAAGUCCGCACCGCUCUCAUCUUCAUGAAACGCGUCAUCGGUCGCGAAAUGUUCCCGCACACCCACAACGAACUCCAUUACGAUGAUGAGACUGUUACUACCGCCGAUGAAGAAGCGCUGCUGGCGCAAGUGAAGCUAGUCAAUGUCGACGACGCUUUUCCAGCAGUGUCGUUCGUUUUCGACGCGCAUGGAAAUCACAUCAUGAGCGAGAAGGCGCACUGGCUCGUUACCGUAAUUCUAGAGCUACGGCAGGCUUUCCGCGAGAGGAAGAAGUAUCGAGAAGAAAAGGAGGGUGCUUCCAAGGAGGUUGGCGUAGAGAAAUUUGGAUGCGCGCAGAUUGUUGCUGCUGCGGGGGACGCACAGAUGUUGGAGUAUGAGGAGUGUAUGCGGCAGUUGGUCGAGGAGGUGGUGGAUAGGUUGCAAGUGCCGAUUUCUACAAGGACGGAGAUGAGGGAGGUGGUCAAGGCAAUGGUGUUUGGUGUUCUUGCAGUUUAG